AUGGGUACAAAUCCAAAUCCAUUUGUUAUAAACCCAACCCAACCCAAAGUAAAUGGGUAUGGGUACAAACCCAUCAAACUUUACCCAUAUCCAUAUAUUUGGAUUUCAUACCCAACCCAAUUGGGUUGGAUAGUAAAAUACCCAUGGGUAUGGGCAAAAUUGCCAUCC